AUGAAGCUCACGCACUUCCUCAGUUUCGCUGCUCUCGCCCUGGCUGUCCAGGCUGAGGUCUCUUGGUAUGUUGGCUCGCGCAACAUCACUUGUAAGGGCCACGACGACGGACACAUCGAUUGCGCACAAGGCCACGACGGUGGAGCGCCCGAAGUCCAACUCGACCACCCCUCCCCCUCCACCACACCAGUCGCUAUCCGCGGCCGCGACGCCGCCAUCGUGCCGGGCCUGCAGAAGCGCGUCACCUGCAACAUCGACGGCGUUACGAAGGGCCUGGCGUGCUUCACGCACUGCUUCGCGAUCGGGUACUGCAACUCGCACUGCGAUAGCAAUAAUAUUUGCCGUUGUACGUGCUUGGACGAGACGCCGUGGUGGAAUCCGAUUGUGUGUAGCAAGACGAGCUGUGCUUAG